CUGUGCUUACUUCGUAAUGCAGCUAAACAAAAUAUAACUAAUGUCAUAUAAAAGUGUGCUCAAAAGGGAGCAUUGGAAUAUACUAAAAUCGCAGCUAUGUGACGUCUUUAAACGACACACCCGCUCUACAGAAGCAACCUUAGACGCGUACGUUUGGCCUAGAUUUGUUCAAAAGGAGCACCUUUGGGCCGAAGGACUAGUACCAGCACUUGUCACUCUACAUGGAUAUCCAAGUAAGGUUUAUAUCAAGCGUGGUGAUAUCUUCUCACUGGCAUUCGAUGAGGAACAUGGACACCUAAGUCACCUGUUCACAGGAAGGCUUUACAAUCUAAAAAUCGGAAAUGAUAUUGAACGUUGUGUUAUAACAGAUGUAAAGUGUGAUCCUAUUGAAAAAGUACUGUAUUUCGUGAAAUUCGCUCGCCAUGUGGAAGGUGAAAUUAGCGAGGUGGAUAUACCGUGUUCGGUAGUUGGCUUGAUGGCUUCACCCGCAUACCUCAAAGGGUAUCACGUUCAAUUGAUGAUGCCCACUAUAAAAUGCGAGGUUGCUGGUAAGACUGUGCCACCACCAUUUCAGAUAGAUGUUUCUAAAUUGGAUUAUAGGGAACCCUAUAAUUCAAUUGUGCUGAAAGAUAUACUGCAUCUAUUACCAAAUGACCAUAGUGUAUUCUUCCACAGAAGUUAUGACAUAGAAACACAAGAGGUUGUUUGUACGUAUCAAACAGGCUCUCUGCCAGAACAGCCUUUGCCACCAGAUUACGUAGACCCCAACUUCAUAAAUAGAAGAGGCAAUCGCAUUCACUUAACAUACAAGGGUUUCUAUCCAAAACAAUAACAUAUAAUGCAUCGUAUAUUCAAUCUUUAUUUUCUAUGUUGAUGUAGUGA